AUGUCGUUGGAGCAAUCAUGCAGAAAGAAGACGAAAGAGACGUCUCUGUCUCCGUCGUGUGGUUUAUCGUGUUUGCCAGAUGAGAUGGCUCUAGACUGCUUUGCCCGCGUGUCAAGAAUAGACCACGCAUCCUUAUCUACGGUCUCAAAGAUCUACCGUUCACUGGUGGUUUCCGCUGAGUUCUACGAGACGCGAUCUAGAAUGGGUUGCAAGGAGGAGUGCGUGUAUGUAUACCUAGACACUCCUAGUCAUCCAAACCCGCGGUGGUUCAUCCUCCGGCAGGGAAAAGGAGAGUCUUUUGCGGAUAAUCGGCUGAUCCAGCUCCCUUCGUUCCCAACUCCAGAAGCAGCCUCCUUUGUUUCCCUAGGUUGGGGGAAUUGGUGGAAUGGUAGACUAUGA